GAAUAUAUCUAACAGACUUUCUAUUUUUUGAGCAUGUGUUUUGGAUUACAGGGCUAAGUACUUUCCGUAUUUUAGACGUUUUUGUGAAUUUUCAAUGCCUUUGUCCGGCGUCAUGGCUCGUAGGGUAGCGCACCUAGUAUCCGCAACUGCACGGUGUCUCCGAAAUGCACAAGAUAGACUUCCAGCCUGUGCCAUGCACCGGUUACAGUACAGCACACAGGUCCUGGCACAACCCCUGUCGGCGGCCGAGGAGAAGCGAUAUCCAGUCAAGAUCUCCAGGAUAGUGGAGGAAAUCUCGAAGCUCACACUUCUUGAAGUGGCCGAUUUGAAUGACCUCCUCAAGAAGACCCUUAACAUUCAAGAGACGCCAAUGAUGGCUGGCGGCUGGGCACCUCCUGCAGCUGCUGCCGCAAAGGAGGAGGACGAAGACAGUGGCGUGGUGGCCAAGGUGCAGACGGCGUUCACGGUGAAGCUUGUCAAAUUUGACGAGCCGAAGAAGAUCCAGCUCAUCAAGGAACUGAAGAACCUCAUGGAAGGCAUCAACUUAGUUCAGGCCAAGAAGUUUGUGGAAAGCGCGCCGCAGGUGGUGAAAGCCGACCUGCCCAAAGACGAAGCGGAAAAGUUGAAAGCAGCCAUCGAAGCGGCUGGUGGAACGUGUGAGAUAGAAUAGAGGCACGCUUGUUCGAGAGCUGUACAGACCACGACGUGCCGCAUUCAUCCCGCCGGCAAAGACUCUCUGGCCCUUCGUGCUCUCAAGCCGAGGGGCUGUGCUAGACGCAGCAUUUUGUUUUCAUCUAGGUAUACAAAUUGUUAGGAUCAUUGUGUAGACUAGUUGUUCUGACAGAAUAAAGUGGAAACGUUUACAGAAAAA